AUGGCGCGUAUGCACCACUCAGUGCAGACUCUAAUGGAGGACUGCUCUCUCUUCUGUCUGGAGGAUAAACAACUUGUGUGUGUGGUGUGCCGAGACUCAAGACUACACAGAUAUCACAACUUCAGUCCCAUUGGUGAAGCAGCUCUGGACUGUAAGGAAGAGCUCAAGAUCAGACUGCAGCCUUUGCAUUACAAACUGAAGGUCUUCAACGAAGCUAAACUGGCCUGUGAUGAAACUGUGGAACACAUUAAGACUCAGUCCCAACACACAGAGAAGCAGAUCAAGGAGGAGUUUAGGAUGCUUCACCAGUUUCUACGAGAUGAAGAGGCAGCCAGGAUAGCUGCACUGAGGGAGGAAGAGGAGCAGAAGAGUCAGAUGAUGAAGGAGAAGAUUGAGAAGAUGAGCAGAGAGAUCUCAUCUCUUUCAGACACAAUCAGAGCCAUAGAAGAGCAGAUGGGAGGUGAUGACAUCACAUUUCUGCAGCUCCUGUGGUUCUGGACCCCAACACUGCAAGUCCAUGUCUAG